GCGCGGUUGGUAGACUAGCUGGUGACAGCAAAGGGAGUAGAUCCGGGGAUAGACCCGCGGCUCGAGUAUAUUUUUUAGAAGUACUUUCUCUGGGAAACAGACUCGAGAGAUUCAGAUCUGUUCUCGAGUUUGUACAGAGAGAGGCGGUUUGUUCGUUUUUUUCCACCAGCCGUAGCCAGCCGUCUACCUAAGCUUGCCCUGCGCAGGCAGACGGAAAUAUCUCGAAAAUGCCUCCCGUCGAAAAUGACAGCGGGAAGAAGGAACUCAAAUCUCAGAUACAAGAGCUUAUCGACUCCAAUCAAGUGAUUGUGUUCAGCAAAAGCUACUGCCCAUUUUGUGUAAAGGUGAAAGACUUGUUCAAAGAACUGCAAGUCGAGUGCAAUGUGGUGGAGCUGGAUCUUAUGGAUAAUGGGACAAGCUACCAGGAGAUGCUGCUUGAGAUGACCGGACAGAAAACGGUUCCUAACGUUUUCAUCAACAAGAAGCACAUCGGUGGCUGUGACAAAACAUUACAGGCCCAUAAAGACGGCAGCCUGCAGCAGCUGCUUAACGGCGAUAAUGAAGACUACGACUACGACCUGAUCGUCAUCGGAGGCGGCUCUGGAGGCUUGGCCUGCUCAAAGGAAGCUGCUAUACUGGGGAAGAAGGUCAUGGUGUUGGACUACGUUGUGCCCACACCAAAAGGAACCACUUGGGGUCUUGGAGGAACGUGUGUGAACGUAGGCUGCAUUCCCAAGAAGCUGAUGCACCAGACGGCCUUGCUGUCCACGGCCAUGCAGGACGCGCGCAAGUUCGGCUGGGAGUUCGAUGAGACAGUGAAACACAACUGGGAUACGAUGAAGACUGCUGUUAACAACUACAUUGGCUCCCUGAACUGGGGCUACAGGGUAUCACUGAGGGACAAGAAUGUCAACUAUGUCAAUGCCUAUGCAGAGUUUGUGGAACCACACAAAAUCAAGGCUACAAACAAACGAGGGAAGGAGACGUUCUACACAGGAGCCAAGUUUGUUUUGGCUACGGGUGAGAGGCCACGUUACCUGGGCGUUCCCGGAGACAAGGAGUACUGCAUCACCAGUGAUGACCUCUUCUCGUUGCCUUACUGCCCGGGGAAAACUCUGGUGAUCGGAGCGUCCUAUGUGGCUUUGGAGUGUGGCGGCUUUCUGGCCGGCCUCGGGCUCGACGUCACCGUCAUGGUACGGUCCAUCCUGCUGAGGGGCUUCGACCAGGACAUGGCCAACCGCGCUGGCGAACACAUGGAGGGGCACGGUGUCAAGUUCCUCCGUAAAUAUGUACCCACAAAGAUAGAGGAGCUUGAAGCAGGAACUCCUGGCAGGCUGAAGGUGACCGCAAAGUCCACAGAAACUGACGAGAUCAUCGAGGGAGAGUACAACACUGUGUUGAUCGCAGUGGGCAGAGACGCAUGCACAGACAAGCUCGGCCUGGACAAGGCAGGAGUCAAAGUUAACCCAAAGAAUGGAAAAAUUCCUGUGAAUGAUGAAGAGCAGACCAACGUGCCCCACAUCUAUGCCAUUGGCGACAUUCUGGAAGGCAAGUGGGAGCUGACACCUGUAGCCAUCCAGGCUGGCAAGCUGCUGGCCCGACGCCUCUACGGAGGAUCAACGGUCAAAUGUGACUACAUCAAUGUUCCCACCACAGUCUUCACCCCGCUGGAGUAUGGUUCCUGCGGUCUGCCAGAGGAGAAAGCCAUCGAGCUUUACGGCGAGGAAAACCUCGAGGUUUAUCACAGUCUCUUUUGGCCUCUGGAGUUCACCGUGCCCGGCAGGGACAACAACAAAUGCUACGCCAAGAUCAUCUGCAACAAACUAGACAACGAUCGAGUCAUCGGUUUCCACUACCUAGGACCGAAUGCAGGAGAGGUGACGCAGGGUUUCGGUGCAGCCAUGAAGUGUGGUGUCACCAAGGAACAGUUGGACACCACCAUCGGCAUCCACCCAACCUGUGCUGAGGUCUUUACCACUCUGGAGGUGACCAGGAGCUCUGGUGGAGACAUCACACAGUCCGGUUGCUGAGGUUAAACCCUGCUCGUUUAGCAGGCUGCUCUCACGUUAGACUCCCCUACUAAACCUUUUCCUCUUGACUCCCAGUCAACCUUUAACUUCAGCCUCACCUCUAGCCCCUCCCUUUACAGGGCAUUUAUUUCUCAGGAGCACCUGAACAUGUAAAACACUCGGUGUGACUGGGAGCUACGAGGUAAAUGGAGAUGGUCAAGGCUGAAGAUCUGCGUGUCUUCUGCUCUGGCUGAAGGAGUCUGAUGUGAAAGCUGCCUGCUGAACAGCGGGGUUACUCUGCUGAUGUUUCUAUUGGGCCCCACCAGCGUGUCACUCUCGGAGAAGCCCAAACACACACCAUUCCCGAGUGUGUGUUUGGGCUGUUUUUGACGUCCUUACCCGUAACCUCAAAUAGUUAGGUGGGCAAGGAUCGAUGUCCCUCUGUAGAAGCAGCUGAUGGUGGCCCGAACCUUUCGUCCAACCCCCCCACCCCCCAGAUUCAUCUAUUAUAAAUUGGCUCAUUACCAGCGUUUGAAAGGAUGCACAAUUCUGGUGCGUGCAUAGGUUAGCACCAUGCCUUCAUCAUUCCAUACAUCCUUCGUACAGGUUUAUAAGUUGACUUAUAUGAAUAUACAUGUCUUUGUCAAUAUUUAUCUUUGCUUUGUGGAAGCACCAGAGUUUUCAGUUUUCAAGAGAAACCUGUGAUGCAUCAAGAGCCUGGAGACUGUUUCAAAUAAGCGAAUGGCAAGUUUCCACCUGGAUUGCUCUUUUCGUGUUUUUACUCAGUUUGUAAUUUAAUGACUGCUUGUUGCAUUGUGCUGUCUCAUGUGUCGUUUGGAAGACAGCGCUCCCGUUGCUGUCGACAACGUUUCAUCUGUAUAAAUGGCUUGUUUGUUUGUGUGGAACUUGUAGAGACUACUCAGCGUUAAAUAAAGGCAUGUCUAUCUUCA